AUGAAGCUGUCCCUCAGUCUGCUGGUCCUGGCCUGGAGGCUCUGUAGUCUCCUCCCCGAUGGCAGCAGGCUGAAGAGGGUGUGUGACGGAAGCUCAGGCUCAGAUAGAAACACCUGCUCACCUGGCAAAGCUGUUGGACUCACCUGCUCAGAGUCUGAUGAUGUCAGGUUGGUGCGAGGAGACAGUCGCUGUGCAGGAACACUGGAGGUCAAACAGGGAGACUGGAGACCAGAGAGAGAGAGGAGUCCUCAGACAGACCUGUGUGGGGGAUCAAGUCUGAAUGUGUUCACUCUGGAUCUGUCUGAGGGAGUGUGCAACACCAGGUUACUCUCGCUUAGCCCUGAAUCUCACCUGCUCAGAUGGGUGGAGUCUGCACACCAUCAGACAGUUAUCAUAGCCAGUAGAUACACCGGACUGACUGCCCAACAACAUCUCUGUGUCCUCCUCCAUGGACGGGGUCUCCGAGGCCCAGCAGCAGGGGUUUCAGACCUGCUGCUUCAGCCCAACAUCUCUGUGUCCUCCUCCAUGGACGGGGUCUCCGAGGCCCAGCAGCAGGGGUUUCAGGUGCUCAGAGGCUCCAACUUCACCAUCAGCUGCUCCAUCCAGCCACAGUACCCAGGAGGCUCCUUCCAGCUCACCUUCACCUCCUCCAACUCAACACACAACUACACCCAACCAGCUGUCAAUCACUCUGCCUACUUCCUGUUUCCUGAAGCAGAGCCCGCCCACCAAGGAAGCUACAGCUGUGUUUAUCACCUCUAUGUUUUCUCUCAUAACUUCUCCUCUGAGAGCCGUCUGCUCUCCGUCACUGUCUCAGAUCCAACACCUUUCAUCAUCAGAGCCGUCGUCCUGCCGCUGAUUCUGCUGUUGGAGAAUAUCAUCCUUUACUUCUACUGUAAGGCCAGCAGGGGGCAGAGGGUGGCCAGACAGGAGAACAUUGAGCUGGAUUAUUAUAACCUGGGUGUUGCUGCAGCUGAAGGAGGGCUGACUGAAGAGGAAGGAGCUCAGGGAGCAGAGUAGCACCUCCAAGGAGCUCACCUCACAUCCACAUGGGUUUUUAUACGCAUGUUCCCUUUAAACCAGAAGGAUGGAGUUAUGAUAUUACGUUAUAUAGUAUAUUUUUCUUAGUGUCAACAUGAAA